AACCUACCCUGCUUCGAGCAGCGAAAGGGAAAAUGUCGGCGUAUUAGUGGGGAUUUGUUGUGCCACUAGAGAGUGAUUUUUGGCUACGGUUUCCUCGACAGAUUUUACCGAAAGAAAUCCUCCAUCGAUACGGUUUCGCGAAGGCUGAGCAUUGUCGGGUUCGCCAGUAAAUGGCGUAUAAGUUCUAUCGGGCACGUUUAGUACUUUAAAUCAGGUUUGAUUCCGACGUGAGCCAGUCGCAGAGUCUGCCGUCCGUCGGUUCUAGCGGAGGAAGGACAGAAAUAGGGAAGCCAAUAUGUCGGUGCAGUUGGCGAUGUCAGUAGCGAAGAAUGAGUUUAUCGUGGGUGGCAAAUACAGGCUAUUGAGGAAGAUCGGCUCGGGAUCAUUUGGCGACAUUUACCUCGGUAUCAACAUUUCGAAUGGCGAGGAAGUUGCUGUUAAAUUAGAGAGUGUCCGUGCGAGACAUCCACAACUUCUGUACGAGUCGAAGCUAUAUAAAAUUUUGCAUGGUGGUAUAGGAAUACCUCAUGUACGUUGGUAUGGACAAGAACGAGAAUACAAUGUGCUCGUCAUGGAUCUUCUCGGUCCAUCUUUGGAAGACCUUUUCACUUUUUGUACGAGAAAAUUUACAAUUAAAACAGUUUUAAUGUUGGCAGACCAAAUGAUUGGUAGGAUCGAAUACGUUCAUUGCAAACAUUUUAUCCAUAGAGACAUAAAGCCGGAUAAUUUUUUAAUGGGUAUCGGUCGCCACUGUAACAAGCUCUUUCUUAUUGAUUUUGGAUUAGCUAAAAAAUAUAGAGAUAGUCGUACGAGAAUGCAUAUAAUAUAUCGGGAAGACAAGAAUUUGACGGGCACGGCAAGGUAUGCUUCGAUCAACGCACACCUUGGAAUAGAGCAGAGCCGUCGCGACGAUAUGGAAUCACUCGGUUACGUACUCAUGUAUUUUAAUCGAGGAUCUUUGCCCUGGCAAGGGCUUAAAGCUGCUACUAAAAAACAGAAAUAUGAAAAGAUAAGUGAAAAGAAGAUGUCCACGCCCGUAGAAGUUUUAUGUAAGGGAUUUCCUGCUGAAUUUGCGAUGUAUUUAAAUUAUACGCGAGGUUUACGUUUCGAAGAGAGUCCGGAUUACAUGUACCUUCGCCAGCUGUUCCGUAUACUUUUCCGUACAUUGAAUCAUCAAUACGACUACACGUUCGACUGGACAAUGAUAAAACAAAAGGGUACCAGUGUACCGCCUAUAGGUGGUCCGAGUCAAGCGAAUCAAGGUACUCUGGGGCAGGGCCAAGCCCAAGGGCAGCCAGCUGCUCAGAUAAACGCUCAACCAGAAAGGAUAAAACUGUAAUUACUUGUCACCGCAUCAAUCCUAUUUGCAGCAGUCACUGAAGUGUCCAAGACCAGGUACUCAACUUUGUACGAACGCCAUGCAAAGGGUAAAAUCAAUCAAUCCUCUAAGUUUCCACAAUGGAGGAUACAUACGAUUACGAGCGUAUCGUACACAAGUAAAGGACUAUGCCACGGGUACACGUUUCGUUACGAAUUCGCUGAUCAGUGCAAACCUCAAGUGUAUUCCGAGUGCUUAGAGUUUUGGUUGAUGUACCUCUUUGGGCUUAAAAUCCAAGUGAGAUCAGCCAGAAGUGGCUCGUUCUUAUUUUGUUAUUACCUAUUUAAUUCACCAUUGGUAACCAUUGAAAAUAAAGGUUUUGAUGCCCCGAAGACCUUUCUAACAGAGUACACAUGGAAAUGGUGUAAUGUGUAAUUCAAUUGAAAAUCUGGCAUGCAACAACUUUCAUAGAAAGAAAGAGAGGACGACUAUUCAUAAGCAUUCGGGGUAGUUAAUUGAGUGCAUCGUAUAAAAUUUUAUAUCUAUUCUACAGAUAGAAGAAGAAGAAAAAAAAUGGUAUGCGAGGACGAGCGAGUGAAUGGUCACGUGAGAGUAUGGAGAAAAUAUAUAAGUGUACUGAGAGAUAAAUACAGUUUAUUGCUUCCUGAUUUUUGUUUUCUUCUCAGUACGAUAUACGACAUAAGUAUAAGUGUGCAACUUUGAGAGAAAUGUUAAUAUUUUUCUUACACACGAAUCGUCGUGUGUCAAUAAUAUCAAAGAGAUCCCUCCCUCUGAUACUAUUGACUCCGAUAACUUUUUUUUUAUACAAGUAUAUACAUAUAUACAUAACGUGAGCGUGGACACGCGAGUACGCACGAAUAAGCGGAAGUAUCUCUGAAUCGAGUACUGGAAAUAAUAUUUAAUAUUAUAAGGCAGCAAUUUAAUUUUUAGAUGCGUCGUAUCAUCGAUCAAGAAACGAACAAAUUAUUAGCGAUUUUUUCCUAACGAACUUCACACUUUACUCUCUUUCUUUCUGUGAGUAUAUUUAGUCGACUAUGAUAAAUAAAAUAAACAUUAAACAGACUUUUCUGUAUUGGAGAUGGACUACAGGCUCGCGUCUCGUGUCGACUCGAAAGAAAAAUUUGAAGAAAUGUAUAAAAAAAAAGUAACAAUAAUAAUGAUGAUGAUACACACAGACACAAUGGACGCGAUGCGAGUCUGUAACCAGAUCCAGCCAAAGGACUUCUUCCGUAUAUAGUUUUAAUGGCAGAGACUGUGCAGUGGUAUCUCCCCGUGCUAUUGCUUCGACGUUAAGUUUACUACAUUAUUACGUGACUUGGAAAUCGAUCGGUCAGUCGGUUCUCUCAAUGUUCAUCACGUUAAACGCAGCGACACUAACAAGUCCUCAGAAGAUUCUCGUUUCUGUCAUUCAACAAAUUUUUCGUUUGUAUCGACUAUUCUAGUUGCGUCGAUAUUCACGUCCAUGUUCCAAGCACUACUUCCAGAAGACGGUGGUGUAUAAUCUCAAUCAUUGUUAACUCGUGUGAUGUCCUUGUCACGGGAACAUUCGAAACGAAAGAAAGAUAAAGCGCCUGAAUCAGCCUCAUUUCUACCCAAGUUACGAAGGAUAAUACGAGUGGAUCUUGUGUACCAUUAUAUAUAUAUAUAUACUUUCAAAGGACGUUCGACGAAGUGGUUUGAAAAAAAAAGAGAUAUAACAGUGGAAUAUAUCCUCGAGCGAAUGUAUGGUUAAUUAUUAUUAUUAUUAUUAUUAUUAUUAUUAUUAUUAUAUUAAUAUUAUUUUAUUAUUAUUAAUAUUAUUAUUUUUAUUAUUAUCAAAAAUGAGGGAGACGAAGGAAAAAAGAAAGAUGCGACGAUGAGUAAGAAUGUGUUAUACUACCAUGCAUUGAGAAUGAAUGAACGUAAGUUAAUGAGCAAUUAAUGAUAUAUGCACUUAUUACUAUCCGGUACGUAUGAGUGUAUAUAUACAGGGCGUCGUCCUGCGAAAUGUUCAACAGAUUUUUUCCACGUGUUUACCAGGUCAUUGGUGAACGAAAAAUUGUCACACACAGCAUACAGGUUUUACAGUAAGAGUUGGCUAUCUGUUAGGACGAAGUAAGAGAUCGAACGCGAUACACUCUGUUCUCACAUUGUGUGUCGCGGUCUUAUUUUAAUCAGCAGAAGCGUCAACGUCCGCGCGUCGCGCCUACAAAGAGACUGUAACUUCCGUCGGCUAACUGUCCCGAAUUCUCACAGAUAUCCGACUUUCACUGUACUUAAUAUUCGUUACACUCGGUCUCAUCGGAGACGACACGUUAGACGCGUAUAGUAAAAUCGCAAUUUAGUUUUCCCGUUUCUUUUUUUAGAUCUGAAGCACGUUUUUAAAUAGACGCGAUCUUUGAUCCGUCGCAACCCUUUUACGAAACGGUGUCGGACGACGUCUUCUCGCGAGAAAAGUGAAAAUAUUCCGAGUUUUGGUAAAAAGGCUACGACAUGUACAUAUACGUAAUGCCAAUCGUGAUCGUGUCUUCGAUCAUGUCCUUAUUCACGUUGCGUCAACGUUGAUUUUUUUUUUAACGUUUGUUGUAAACAUUUGACUUCGUAUAUCAAGCCGAAGAGAGUUGCUAACGAUAGCUUGCGUACACUCACGAGUGAACUGCCAGAUGCUAUUUAACGCUGUAUCUGUAUUGUGUUGAUUUUCUCUCGUGUUUUCUAUUUGAUCGUGUCGAAAAGUACUUUCUCUCGUACAAUUCUGUAUAAAUUUUGAACAAUAAAGUAAUAAGGAACUGCCAUCCGAAUGUUUAUUACUCUUGGGUCUACGUCCCGAGUUAGCCGAGUCACGUCUCGUUAGUUUAGCAGCUCGUUAACUCUCAACAUCUUAUUUCUUUUCAAUGACCUGGCGAACACGCGGAAAAAAUUCAUUGAACGCUUCGCGAGACGUUCUGCGAUACCAGGUAAGUCUUUGUACGAGGAGAUGCGGCUCGAAUUAAUCUUGAUUGACGGAGCCGCGUUCCUAAUGUGUGUAUAUAUACAUACAUCCGACAAGCGCGUAUGUAUUAAAAAAGUUGUGACGGUAAUUUCAAGUAUACAUGUACGUUAUUUCAUAAAUAAUGAAGGAAUCAUCGACAGUU